CGCUUCCAUUUUCACUAUUGAACGGCACGCGCAUGUUUUGAUUUUAUUAUUUACAUCUUUUAAUCAAGUUUUUAAGACUAGAUCUAAAAUCUAGACAUUUUUAAUGUAAUUAAUGCUUAGGAAAUAAUCUGGCAAAUGGACUGGAGUUUUGAGGAGCAGGUAUCUUUGCUUGAGCAAAUUGAGGCUCUCGCAGCAGAAAGUACAAAACCUUUUAAUUCUUUUAUGUCAGCUUUUGAAUGGAAAGAUGUUAAUAUCACUGGAAAAGAUGCUGACCAGUGCAAGGAAAUGUUCACCAAGCUUACACAUAAGACUCGCAAAUAUAGGACUGCAGCUGAAGUAACCAGAGACUCCAUUGAAACCCUAAAGCAAGAUGGUUUUAAAAUUGAUUCUAAAAAUUACCCUGACCUACCUAAAAAGCCACCCAGCUCCUACUCUUUAUUUAUAAAAGAGCAGUCUGAUGGUUUUCAAGGCAACAGCUUCCAAGAAAGAAAUGCCAAGUUAAGCAAGCUAUGGAAGGAAUUGCCUGAAGAAGAUAAGAAGUAUUAUAAAAUUAAGAGCCAAAAGCUGAGAGAAAAAUACAAUGAGACAUUAGAGAUAUUCAAGCAAAAUCACCCAGGCAUUAAAAUCCCUGGUAGCACAACCAGCCGUCCACAGUGUCAUCCUGUAAAAUUGUUUAUUGAAUCUAGAAUAGGAAAAGUUCAAGCCAAAAACCCAGAUCUCAGCCAUGCGGAUUGCGUAAAGAAAUGUACAAAGAAAUAUGAAGACCUGUCUGAUAGAAAGAAACUGAAGUGGAUUCAGAAGGCUAAGAAUGCAUUUCAGCAGGAAUAUCAGGGGAAAAAACCCUCUUCCACCUCUAAUAACUUUGCCAAUUUUCUUACAAAAGAAGAAAAAAGAAUUUGGGAGUCCCACUUUGGAAAGCCAAUACCACCUGCAAAAAAUGUGUUCCAGUACUUUACUAAUAAUGAACGAGCUUCAUUAUCACACUUGCCAAUUGCCGAACAGAGCAGAGAGUUGUCUGCACGCUAUAACGAUCUCUCUAAAGAAAAACAUUUGGAGCUACACAACCGUUUAGUGGAGGAAGUAAAGCAGUAUUCUGACAGCUACAAGCAGUAUUAUGCAAAGCUUCCAGAAGAUGAAAAAAAACCUGAGGAGCUGCCCUCAGUAGUUCUAAGACCUUAUAAUAAAAUUCUGAAUUCUAGUAAACCAACUGCAAGAAAAAGAAAAAAAGAUAAGCAGCAAAUAGGUAUAGAAGACAAUGACCUGAAAGUCAACGAAAGAGCCUCUACCAGUACAGAAGAUUUUAAAACACCAUCCAAAAAACAUAAGAAAGACAAAAAGAAAAAAAGUGCAUCGAGGGAUGACAGCAUAGCCAAUGAUGGAAAAUCUAGCAGUACAGAAGAUGAUUCAUUUCUAACGCAACUUUCUCCUAAGUCACUUGAAAAAAAGAAAACUGAGAUUGAAGACCAUAUAGGGAGUUCAAGGAAGAGAAAUCUGAAGGGAGAUUUUGAUGAGUCAUAUUCUUCGUCAACAAAGAAAAGGAAAUCGGGGCAGUCAACUAACAAAUCAGCAUCUUUUGAGACCUCACCACACUCAUCAGGAUCUGUAGAAAGUGAAGCUCCACAGAUACAGCAUUCUCCUGUAGAUGAAAAAGUGAAUGAUGCCCUCUUUUCAUUUUUUUCUCCUGUUCGGACUCCAAUAACCAAGCCUAAAAAGAAGAAGCACUGAUGUCCACACCAGCCAUUUAUUGCAGAUUCAUCCAUCAUCUGAUUCUAGGCCAUUCAUUCAAACCCCUGUUGAAUUAUUUAUUGAUUUUUUAAAAUAUAAUUAUUCAACUUUUAAAGAUAAUUUUAUUCGAUCAUUUUUAAUUAUAUAACUAUUUUAAUGAUUAUUUUGUUUUAGAAUGAAGUUUCAUUUUUGUGAAGUACUGGUUUGUUUUCUUUUUCUUGUUGAACUUUUUAUCCAAGUGUAUUUUUUUUUGGUAUGCACAUGAGCUGGUUGUCUCUUCUAAUCUAUACCAUUGUGUCAGCUUUGAUUACUCUUUAGUUUUUCUAUGAAAGUUUAUGUCUAGUCACUUGAAAGUUGAAAAUUCUGUCCCUUCAUUAUACUACCAAGAUCACAUUAAAAGAUGUGCUCACCUGUAGAUUUCCUCAGGAAUUAAAAGGCUUCUUAUGCUAGCAGGCAUUUUAUGCACAAAUCCAACCACCAUCAUUUUUGUUCUGUGCAAUUUUUUUGUGUUAAUGUUACUAAAUGUAUAAACUGUUGUGCCUUAAAAAUUGCACUUGAGAUAUCUUGUUUAAUGUUGGAUAAUUGUUUGAUCUAUUAUGCAGAUUAGUUCUUGAUUUAAAUGAACUGAUUAUUUUUCUAUGUAUUUUUAGCAUUGUAAUUUAAAUAUUUGUUUAGAUUUGAUCAACGAAGUUUUUACAUAAAUGUGUAGAUACUGUAAUUUUUUAGCCCAAUUUAAUGUAACAGCUCAUGGAAUACACACAUAAUUUUUGUAUUUAAAAAUGUUCUUAUAUUAUAUUUAUUAUAAAAGUGCUCAAGAAAGUACAAACUGAUAGUUUUGUGUUAAAAACUGAUUCCAUGCAUUAUACAAAUUUGAACUCUGAAAGGUUGUUUAUCAUAGCUUAGUGUUGUCAAUUUGGCAUUUUAAUCUCAAGUGCAAAGACCACAUUGUUUAAAUUUUGGUUAUUUCCUGAUAUAAGGAUUUAACUCUUUCAAAUGGGUCUGAUAUUAGGUCUGUUUUUUUUUUUUUUAAUUUGCAUGUUUAAAUUUAAACAUAGUAAGUUAAUUGAUGCAGGAUUUAUGGUGUACCAAAUAAUGUUCUAGUAAUGAAGUGAUUGUUAUAUUUUGUUACAUUUGUUGCCAAUAAAAAAUUUACACAUGUUAAAAUAGCUGUUUAACAGUUUUCACUGAACAAUUACUCUUUACUCCUUGUUUAACUGACCCCAUCUGCAGGUCUGUUUUAAUUCACCUUAUGUCCAUUUGUGUGCUUUAAUUUCCCACU